AUGGACGCGCUGCCCAUCUACCACGGGGGCAUCACCCGUGAGGCUGGGGAGAAGCUGCUGCUGGCGACGGGCACCGAUGGCAGCUACCUGCUGCGGGACAGCGAGAGCAUCCCAGGAGUCUACUGCCUCUGUGUGCUGCAUAAGGGAUAUGUUUAUACCUACAGAGUGUCCAAGACAGAAGCUGGGUCCUGGUCUGCUGAGACAGCACCCGGGGUCCACCGGAGGCUCUUUCGGAAAGUGCAGAACCUCAUUUCCGCCUUCCAGAAACCCGACCAAGGCAUCGUAACGCCCCUGCAGCACCCGGUCAUCAACCGUGCAAAACCCAAAUACCCCCCAAGAAAUGAAGGCCAUGACUUCCACCUGCAGCCAUCAUGA